AGUAAACAUGACUGUCAUUUUUCGUUCAUGUGUUCGGAAAAUAGUGCAUUAUUUUGUUUGUGUUUGUAUCGGGUUGUUGUUAUGUAACCUAGCCGCCAUGGCUAAAAUGAAUCGCAAUCCUAAUAUAGUUUUAAUUCUGACUGAUGAUCUGGACGUGUCUGUUGGUGGUAUGAUUCCCUUAAACAAGACAAGGAAGUUGAUUGGAGAGGCUGGAAUAACAUUUACAAAUGCGUUUGUUGCCAGUCCCCUGUGCUGUCCCAGCAGAGCCAGCAUACUGACAGGCAAAUACCCACACAAUCACCAUGUGAUUAACAACACCCUGGAGGGCAACUGCAGCAGCCCGGCUUGGCAGAACAGUCAGGAGCCUUAUGCCUUUCCGACCUUUCUGCAGAAAUAUGGCUACUACCAGACGUUUUUUGCUGGAAAGUACAUGAAUGAGUAUGGUAGCAAAGAGGCUGGAGGAGUGGAGCAUGUACCUCCAGGUUGGGUCCACUGGUCAGCACUGGAAAAAAACUCAAAGUACUAUAACUACACAUUGUCAGAGAAUGGCCACGCACAGAAGCAUGGACAGAAUUAUAGUGAAGACUAUCUUACAGAUGUCCUGGCUAACAAGUCUAUAGAUUUUCUCCAGUCCAAGUCUAACUACUGGCCGUUCUUCAUGAUGAUAUCCACUCCUGCUCCUCACUCUCCGUGGACAGCUGCUCCUCAGUAUGAGAACCAGUUUUCCAACAUCAAAGCUCAGAGGGAUCCCAGUUUUAACGUUCAUGGCAAGGAUAAACACUGGCUAAUUCGACAAGCCAAAACUCCAAUGGCGAACUCUUCAGUGGAAUUCCUUGAUAAUGCUUAUAGAAGUCGGUGGCGCACUCUCCUGUCUGUAGAUGAUCUGGUGGAUAAAGUGGUGAAGGAGCUGGAGUCACGGGGAGAGCUGGAAAACACCUAUAUUAUAUUCACCUCAGACAAUGGUUACCACACAGGUCAGUUUUCUCUUCCCAUUGACAAGAGACAGCUUUAUGAGUUUGACAUCAGGGUUCCUCUGCUGGUACGAGGACCCAACAUCAAACCCAACCAGACCAGCUCGCUGCUCGUGGCUAAUAUAGAUUUAGGGCCAACUAUACUGGACAUGGCAGGCUUUGACCUCAACAAGACACAGAUGGAUGGGUCGUCCUUUUUGCCGAUUAUGGUUGGGAAGGAAAACAUUACAUGGAGGACCGAUUUUCUAGUGGAGUAUGAAGGAGAAGGAAGCAAGGUUUCAGAUCCAGCUUGUCCCAGUCUUGGCCCAGGAGUCUCGCAAUGUUUUCCUGACUGCGUAUGUGAAGAUGCGUAUAACAACACAUACGCCUGUGUUCGCACCGUCUCCAAGACUGAAAACCUACAGUACUGCGAAUUUGAUGAUAAUGAGGUAUUUGUGGAGGUCUAUAAUCUAACUGCAGACCCUUUCCAGUUGACUAACAUCGCCAAAACGAUCGAUCAAGAAGUGUUGGAGAAAAUGAACCAUCGUCUGAUGAUGUUGCAGUCAUGUUCAGGACAGUCCUGUAGAACUCCUGGGGUCUACGACUCACGGUUCAAAUUUGACCCUCGUCUGAUGUUUAACAGCCUCAGUCCACACAUAAGUAAACGACGACAGGCACUGAAGUGAAAAAGAGUGAAAAAAGCCUAACAACCUUUUUUUAAUAUUGCCCUUUUGUCCUGAUAACCA